UUAAAAUUCAUACAACUUUAAGACGGGUGAGGCACAACUAAUUGAACACAAUGUUUGAGCACGUUAUAUCUCAGAUCAUAGCUGCUGCAAUAAUAAUGCGACACGAUUUUCACUUUCCUGGCCAUCUACUUCCCGGAACUGCAUUUAUUAUAAUGGGAAUUUGGUGGAUGUGGAACGCAUUCAAAAUCAACAGGGAAAACGAUCACUACACAGAAAAUUCCGAGAAUAUGUUGUUAAGUCCGGACAAAAGUGAUUAUGCCAGCAAUACACCAUUUCCUGCCACAUACAAUGGCAAUGCAACGAGCAUUUUCUGUUGUGAGGGAUUUUAUAAGAUAGCGUACGCUACCUUCGACCUUUUUGGCCAUAUGUUAGUGGUAUACUAUGGAGGUGACUUGGUCGAUGAAUGGCAACAUAUGACUGUGUAUGUGUUUUUCAUUUUGAAUGGAAUCAUUGACAUAAUUUCCCGUAUGGAACCGUACAAAAUGCCUCAUGGCAUGGAUUAUGUUGCAUCAGCAGUUGCGUGGUCAGCGAUGGGAUUUUUAUUCAUUUCACAUACACAUGGCAAAACCAAAAUUUCGGUCUUUUAUCAUCAAGAAUUCGGAAUACUAGCUGUAGCUAUUGGUGUUAUCACGCUAAUGCAGUAUAAAUACGAAAAGAAUGCAGUGGUCGCAAUAAUUCGGGGCGCUAGUUGCACUCUAGCAGGCACUUGGCUUUAUCAGAUUGCAUUUCUAUUCCACAAUCCAUUCGUUGCUGAAAAUCAAUACCGCAACAUUAAAGGCAACGGAGCAAGCAGUUUACCAAUCGAAAAAAUUGUUGACGUAAACAUGAUCAUAAUGGUAGAGGAAAUGGAGAUAAUGAACGCUGUAACAAUCUCCACCUGGCACAUACUCCUCGUUGGCUGUGUAGCUGCAUUUGUUGGAAUUUUAGCAAACCGUAGAGAACAAGUGGGUUAUAAGCGAAUUCGAUGUAGUUGCGUGUGAUUAUGCCGUAACGGAUGGAUAGUGAAAAAAGAGUUUGUGCUUCCAGCGCUUCGGCUUCACAAAUAGUACCUGAUAUCUUUUGUUUUAUUGAAAUUUGUAAUUUAUUUUUUACUGUAGUGAUCUGAGUUAAU